GUGUUUUAGUUUUCACAUCAGCACGAAAAAUACCUGAAGGGAAAGAUACACACUGUUAGUUUUUACAUCAGUUGACAUAAGUGCAUGAAGGGAAAUCCUAAUAGCAUAUAACAUUUACAUCAGUGGAGUAUUGAAAUGAAGGGAAAAAAACGCGGUGGCAUUUUUGCAAUUUAGGUGAAAACUAUGGCUAACUUUUUUCACAUCAGUGGUGAAAACUGCCUGAAGGGAAAACACAUUUUCACUUUGACCUUAUCCCUUCCUCCCUCUAUCGUAAAACACAUACAGUGAAUUGUAAAAAAACAUGAGUUUUCACUCUCAGUCAAAAAACAAUUGAACAUCUCAACGUCGCUGCUCAAUCGCUUUCUCUCUCAAUCUCUCCGGUGAGUUUUUGUCUCUCGCCAUCGCUGCUCAAACACUCUCUCUCCGGUGAGUUAUCUCUCUCACCGUCGCUGCUCAAUCAGAACCUCUCACCGUCGCUGCUGAAUCAGAACCUCUCACCGUCGCUGCUCAUUCUCUCUCUCUCUCUCCCUGCGUCAAUAUGGAUCGUAGUUGGAUGAGAGCUAAUCGAUUAAGUGAAGAGUUUGAUAAUGGAAUGAAUGAAUUUCUACAGUUUGCUGAACAAAAUCUUCCGAACAAAGAUGGACUUUUCCCGUGUCCUUGUGUUUCUUGUGGGAACCGGGAGCCAAACAUUACUAAGGAAGAAAUAAGGGGCCAUCUAGUUUGGAACGGGAUUUGUCAAACUUAUACACAAUGGAUAUGGCAUGGUGAAGCAAUACUGCCAAGUGUAUCCCAAAGAGAGAACGUUAGUGCAGAUAUGGAUGAUCGACUGGAAGACAUGAUACACGAUAUUGGAGAAGAAUCUUUUAAGAGAGCGCAUAUGUACGAUACAUUAUGUAAAGACAAGGAAGAACCUUUGUACCCGGGAUGCACAAAGUUUACACGUUUGUCAGUUGUUUUAAAAUUGUUUAAUUUGAAGGCAAAAAAUGGAUGGAGUGAUAAAAGUUUCACAGAAUUGCUUCAAUUGUUGACAACAAUACUUCCAGAAGGUAACACAAUGCCGAAUCGUUAUUACGAGGCCAAAAAAAUAUUGUGUCCGAUGGGUAUGGAGUAUGUAAAAAUACAUGCAUGCCCUAAUGACUGCAUCUUAUAUAGAAAAGAGUUUGAAAAACAUGAUCAUUGUCCGAAGUGCAAGUUGUCACGCUACAAAAAGAAAGACGUUGAUUCUAGAGAUGAUGCGAGCACAAAGGGUCCUCCUGCCAAAGUGUUUUGGUACCUACCAAUAAUUUCAAGGUUCAAGAGAUUGUUCUCUAAUCCAAAGGACGCAAAGAACCUUAGAUGGCACGCAGAUGAGAGAAAACGUGAUGGAAAAAUUCGCCAUGUAGCUGAUUCUUUGCAAUGGAAGAAAAUCGAUUCUUUGUUUCCAUCUUUUGGCAAAGAGAAAAGAAACCUUAGACUUGGACUUGCUACUGAUGGAAUGAAUCCAUAUGGUAAUCUAAGUAGUAAACAUACUUCAUGGCCCGUUCUCUUGAUAAUUUACAACCUACCUCCUUGGUUGUGCAUGAAGCGUAAAUAUAUUAUGUUAUCGAUGAUGAUUUCGGGCCCAUAUCAACCAGGUAACGACAUAGAUGUUUAUCUAAGUCCAUUGAUUGAUGAUUUAAGAUUGUUGUGGGAAGAAGGAGUUGAUGUUCUUGACGCGUACUCCGGGGAACAUUUCAAUAUGCGUGCCAUGUUGUUUUGCACCAUCAAUGACUUUCCGGCAUACGGUAAUUUGAGUGGGUACACAGUUAAAGGGCAUAAAGCGUGCCCUAUAUGUGAGACUGAAACAUGUUAUCAUCAACUGAAACAUGGAAGCAAGACUGUUUAUCUUGGGCAUCGAAAAUUUCUAAAUCGUUAUCAUCCAUAUCGUAAGAUGAGGAAAGCUUUCAAUGGUGAACCGGAGAUUGGUUUUGCUCCAAAGCCCUUGACCGGAGAGGAAGUUUAUCAACGACAACAAAAUGUGGAGGUUACCUUUGGAAAGAAAAAAAAGAAGCCUGUUGUGAAAAAUAUAUGGAAAAAGAGGUCGGUGUUCUUUGAGCUUGCAUAUUGGUCUAGUCUUGAUGUAAGACAUUGUAUUGAUGUGAUGCAUGUAGAGAAAAAUGUUUGUGAUAGUAUAGUUGGAACACUUCUCGACAUUAAAGGCAAGACAAAAGAUGGUUUAAAUGCUCGUCUAGAUUUGAAGGAGAUGGGUAUAAGGCAGCAGUUAACUCCACAACAAAAAGGUAAUAGAACAUUUUUACCUCCAGCAUGUCACACUUUGUCUAAGAAAGAGAGAAGAAGUUUUUGUGAGUGUUUACAAGGUAUCAAAGUGCCGCAAGGUUACUCAUCAAAUAUCAAGAGGCUUGUAUCAAUGGAUGAUCUCAAGGUAAUUGGCUUAAAAUCUCAUGACUCUCAUGUUUUGAUGCAGCAAUUACUACCGGUUGCUAUUCGUGGAAUAUUGCCUAACAAAGUUAGAAUAACUAUAACUAAGCUGUGUUUAUUCUUCAAUGCAAUAUGUAGUAAAGUCAUUGAUCCGUUGAAGUUAGACGAGUUGGAACAUGAGGCUGCAGUUAUCUUGUGUCAAUUGGAGAUGUAUUUUCCUCCUUCAUUUUUUGACAUUAUGGAACACUUGAUUGUUCAUUUGGUGAGGGAGAUUAGACAGUGUGGUCCAGUUUAUUUAAGAUGGAUGUAUCCAGUUGAGCGAUACAUGAAGAUCUUGAAAGGGUAUACGAUGAAUCUACACCGUCCAGAAGCAUCAAUUGUUGAAAGGUACAUUGCAGAAGAAGGUAUUGAGCAUUGUUCAGACUAUUUGUCAAAUGUGGAUUCUAUAGGAGUUCCCAAGUCUCGUCAUGAUGAAAGUUUUGAAGGUACGGGACAAGGUUUAAAUGUUAAGACCAUGUUUUGGGAUGUGAUCCAUCCAGCACAUUUGUUUAUAUUGAAUAACACUGAUGAAGUUCAACCUUACUUAUCUACUCACAAAAAUAUUGUAAAGAGAAAUUACCCCAAGAUGAAUGAGAAAGGGUUGUUAAGAGAGCAUAAUAAGAGUUUUUCCGAUUGGUUUACAGAAAGAUUUGCUAAUGAUGAAAGUGCCUCUGAUACAAUUAAAUGGUUGGCACGUACGCCUAAGUUUAACAUUAUAACUUGGAGUGCAUAUGAUAUUAAUAAAACUACAUUUUAUACAAAAGCAAAGGAUGAUAAAAGUACCAUGCAAAAUAGUGGGGUUAUGGUUGUGGCUGAGUCGAUGCACUUCUCUAGUUCGAAAGAUAAAAACCCUAUAAUGGCAUCUACACCAUACUAUGGGAUAAUUGAAGAGAUUUGGGAGCUUGGUUAUACUACAUUUACAGUGCCUAUAUUUAAAUGCAAAUGGAUUGAUAUUAACAAUGGUGUAAGAAUUGAUGAAUUAGGAUAUACACUAGUCGAUCUUUCCAAGGCAGCUUAUAGGGACGAACCCUUCAUUAUGGCAUCCCAAGCAAAACAAGUGUUUUAUGUCACGGAUCCUUCUAACAAAAGGUGGUCAGUGGUUCUACAAACAAAAAAUACUCAUGGUAGUGAUGAAACUCUUGAUAUCCCUGAGAUUCCUUCUUGCUCAACAAAUGUUACUACAUCUAUUGAUGAGAACGAAGUAGACGAUGUGCACGCUACUCGUUCGGAUCAUGAAGAAGGGAUAUGGGAGGACUAAUAAGAUACAUGGCUGAUUCAACCAACUUUCCUCCUUCGUCUAGUGAACUUCCAAAAAGAAAUGUUAGAGGUGCCACCAAGAUGAAAAAAAUGACCAAAGUUCUGAAAUCGGGUGUGAAACCAUUGGUCAACUUUAAUCCAGAA